AUGGUGCUAUUCGCGCAGCAGCAGCAACAGCAGCAGCAACAACACCACCAGCAACAACACUCGCAGCACGGGCACCAGGAACACCAACAGAAGCAGCAGCAACAACAGCAGCAGCUGCUGCAGCAGAUUUCCACGCACUUCUUGAUUUCUCCUCUAGAGAUACCCAUCAGCAGCGGUAGUCAACCGUGCUCAUUAGGGCUUUCACUGGAAGCAGCACCUGCUGCCCCUGGUGCUGCAACGGUUGCUGCAGCUAUGGCUUUAUCGCCUGCAGCAGCAGCCGCUGAGCCUCUCCUUUCUGAGCUUCCUACUCCCCUGCCCCCGCUGCUGCAGCAAGACUCAUCGGAGCUAGAUAGCCUUUGUUUCGGAGGCCUGGAGGCUCUUAGUGGGCAGCAGCUGGCGCGGCAGCGCUUAGAAGUUGCAGCAACAGCAGCAGCAACGGCAGCAGCAGCAGCAGCAGCAGAAGCGGCAGCAGCUCAGGACCGCCUCUCUGCUCCAGAUUGCAGUUUUCCUUCUCGCAGCAGCUUUCUUCCCCCUGUCCCUCACCAGCUGCUGCACGGGAAUCAUCAGCUGCGGCAGCAACGCAUGCAGAAUCAGCAGCAGCAGCAACAGCAGCAGCUUCUGCACCCGAUCCAGCAGCAGCAGCAGCUGCUGCAGCGCCACAAUCCUUUGUCUUGUUUCCCUUUAGUUGAGGAGGAAGAGCCCUCCGCGGGCCGUCGGGCCCGGCCAGCGCCCGCAAACGGAGCAGCAGCAGCAGCAGUAGCGGCAAGUGUUUCUAGUGCAGCAGCAACAGGCUGGCCUUGCGCACGAGACCGCAGAGACCCCCACAGUGCAUGUGAGGAGCAGCACUGGGAGCACCACGAACAGCAUCGGCGGCGGCGCCUGCAGCAGCAUCAGGAGCAGCUGCCUUCGGAGCAGCAGCAGCAGAACCAACGCCUGCGUCGGCACUCUGUGCGUCAGCUGCUGCAGCAGCGGCAGCAAAGGCCGCAGCAGCAGCUGCACCAAAGGCAGCACCAGCAGUGCUGCGGCAUAUGUUCCUCUUCCACUUCUGCCUGCGUGCUCAAUGACAGUGGCAGCAGCAGGCACUGCAGCGUUUGCUGCAGCAGGGGUAGCAGCAGCAGCUGCAGCAGAACCAGUUUAAACAGCGGGUCCCUGAAUGCUGCUUCUCCUGGGUUGGUGGGCGAUGCUUUGGCUUGUGGCUCUACGCGGCCGCAGCAAUCAAGUGUAUCUACGCGGGCUUGGCGGCGCAUGUGCACACAUUUGCUGAAUAUCCCCCCGCACCCGAACGUGUUGUCUUUUGAGGCAGUAUUGGAGACCUCUGAGGCUUUUAUCUUUGCUUCGGAGAAGUUAGAAGGAGGGGAGUUAUUUGAUUUUCUCUUAAGAGAAAAGACUGUGCAUGAAGAUGUUUGCCAAUUUAUUAUGCUGCAAAUACUACGCGCUGUAGACCACCUCCACAGCCACAACCUUCUGCACAGAGACGUGAAGCCGGAGAAUUUGAUGUUCCGCCGUCGGCUGCAGAGGCAUGGCAGUGCUGCUGCUGCUUCCUGCUCCGUGCGUCAGCAGCAGCAGAAGCAGCAGCAGCAGCAACGGGAUGAAGAUUCGGUUCCUUAUGGGGACGCUGCAGACGGUGCAGCAGCAGCAACAGCAUCUGGUGCUUCGUCAGCGGGGGAGAGCAGCAGCACAUGUCCUCCGUUGCUGUCGAUGGAGGAGCAGCAUGAGUUGCUGCUGAUUGAUUUCGAUACAUCUGUGUUCAUAGAAGACCCCUUAGGGGCCCCCCGCAGCUCAGGGGGCCCCCAACGCCGCCUCGUAGGCACCUAUGGGUACUUAGCGCCUGAAGUACUUACCUCAGGGAGAUAUACGAGGGCCUCAGACUUGUGGAGCGUUGGAGUCAUUCUAUAUAUUCUCAUGACUGGAUCUCCACCUCUGCCAAUGGAGCUGAUGACUUCAGCUCGCUCCGCCUUAGCGGUCAUUCAGCAGGUAGCAGCGCAGCAGGGCGGCAUCGACUUUGAAGCUGCUUCUUUAUUGGAGUUUCCACUCGCUAGAGACCUCUGCAAACGCCUCCUAGAGAUUAACCCGAACAGACGCAUACAGACGGCAGCACAAGCAAUUGAACACCCCUGGCUGGAUACGGUGCGGCAUCGCUCGCUCCCCGCUCCCCGCCGUCUGCGUUGUCCCUGUGCGCCCCCUCAUGGAGCUGCCUGUACACCCGGAGGACAGACGUGGGGCCGCUGCAUGCGCUCUAGCGGCCAUGAUGCUGCCGUUGCUCUUGCAUUGGUUGACCCCGAAGAGCAGCGGUGCAGCUUGGAGCAGCACCGCGCACGCGCAGCGGCAACAGCAGCAGCAUCAACAGCAACAGCAGCAGCAGUAGAAGCAGCAGCAGACAGCAUGGAUGCAUUCACAGCUCAAGAAGGAUUGAAUGCAACAGGCAGCAGCAACGGCGGCAGCAACCCCCUAGAGAGCCCCCGCAGCACCUACGGCCAACUACUGCAGCAGGUUCCUCUCCUGUCUCCAUACUUUAUUCACGACCCAGCAGCACCAGCAGCAGCAGCAACAGAGGCAACAUCAGCAACAACAGCAGCAGCAACAACAGCAACAGCAGCAACAGCAGCAAAUGGAAACUGUACAGCCACAGCACGGCCAUCCGCGUUCCCCAUCACAAACGCUUCUUCCUUCACGAACGCCAGCAGGACAAGGACUCAAGGCAGCAGCAGCAGAAGCAGCAGCAUCAGCGGCAUCAGCAGCAGCGUCCGCAGCAGCAUCAACAGCAGCUGCAGCUCUCAAUUGUACACUCCUCUUGAGGGCCGUGUCUCCCCCUUUUUCUCUUCGCAGCAGCUCAGCAGCAACCCAGAGGGGCACAGCAGCAGCAGCAGCUCAAGCAGCAGCUGCUGCAGCGCAGAGGUGCAGCAGCAGCUGCUGGAAGCUAAGUGUUUGUUUGGGCCCCCAGAAGAGGGGACAGCAUUAAAAGAGAGACCCAGGAACAGCAGCGAGUGGAGCUGCUCAACUGUCUCCAACGGCGCUGCAGGAGGGUACCGCAGCAGCAGCUGCAGCAGCUGCAGCAGCAGCAGCAGCAGCAACAGCAACAGCAGCAGCGUCUGCAGCAGCACUUCCCCCUAUACAACCCCCCACCACCUCUCCCCCGCCUCCCGGGGUCUCCUCCAUUUAGAAGAAUUCAGCAGCACAGACAUCAACAUAUCCUGCGCCUCCUCCUCAGUUGAGAGCUCCGCGACUCGCGCUGCUGCAUUCAAACUUACCUGCGGCAGCAGCGGCAGCGUGAGCAGCAGCAGCAGCAGCAGCAAUAACCGCCACAGCUGCGGUGCGGCUCCGCAGCAGCCGCCUGCUGCACUCGACUGUUCCUUUGCUGGGGUAGCUGAGGCUGUUUCCUGCUGCUUGCGGCCAUCUGCUGCGCCGCUGCAGUGUGCUGCUGAGGGUGCUGCUGAGGCCCUAAGUGCCACACACCAGCUGCAGCAGCAAGUGCAGCAGCAGCUGCAGCAGGUGCAGCAGCAGCUGCAGCAGCAGCAGCCAGUGCUGCAGCAACUGCACGAGCUGCAACAGCUGCACAAGAUGCAGCAAGUGCUGCUGCAGCAGCAGCUACAGAGACCUAACGGCCUCCAGCGCGACCCACUCGAUGCUCUGUCUAUAGAGGGAGACCUCCAAGAGGCAGCAUGCACCUUGAAAGAGAGUCAUCACUGCAGCAGCAGCGCAGCAACAGCAGCAGCAGCAGCAACAGCAGCAGCAGGUAAUCUUCUGACGACUUCCCGCGGAGAAGACGCCAGUACUGAGCAGCACCCCUUGACAAAAACUGCAGCACAGCUGGGCCUCAGCUGCAGCCCCAGAAGGCUGCAUGCGCUAGGAGACCUCUCCUCCGCUGCAGCAGCAGAAGCAGCAGCAGCAGCAGCAGCAGCAGCAGAAAUGGCAGGCAAGAAGGUGCCAGGGGGCCGACCCGCGAGUGGCUUCUCCUCAGCAGAGACAGAAAGAAGAUACUGCAGCACAAAGCAAGCUGCAGAAAAGCCGCUGCUCGAGUUGCCGGACUCGCUGCUGAAGCACGCCACAAGAGUGCAGCAGCAGCAGCGGCGGAAGCAGCAGCAGCAGCAGCGGCAGAAGCAGCAGCGGCGGCGGAAGCAGCAGCAGCUGCAUCAGAAGCGGCAGCAACCCCAGCAUUUGCAGACAGAGGAGAGCAGCAGCCUUCAUGAGCAGCAGCAACAGCAGCAGCAGCAGCAGCAGCAGCAGCAGCAACAGCAACAGCCGCAGCAGCACGGUGGGGCUGUUGUUAUUUGA